AUGGCGAGCCUCGACACUCCUCCGCAGAGGAGCGGCCCCCGCAAACUCCAGAAAAGGAAUACAAAACUUAACCGCCUCCCUUCGUCUCACAUUCCUACCCGACUUCGCCUCGGAACCGAUGCCCAAGACGAUGUGACUGCGCCGACGCGGGGAAAGAACGCUCCUGCCGCAUACAUGAAUCAGUCCAUAUUCUCUAUGAUCGCGGCGGCUGGUUCGCGGACCGAUUUCAACGCGAGAUUUGAUGAUUCUAGUGAGAGUGAAGAUGAAGUGAUCGCAGAGGAGCAGCCUGCCGCCGAAGCCUCCACGGGUCCUAUCCCGGAAGCCGUAGCGGAUCUGAAGGAGAAAGACGCAGGAACUUCGAGUGAUCAGAGGAGGAGGCGUUUUUCCAGACAUCGGCUGGCGCAGUCUUUCCCGCGUCUGUCUGCGAGGACGGCGGCUGCGAAAGACGCCGACCCACAUAUCCGACGGAGUCCCAGCCCUGAAAGCGACAGAACAUCAAAGUCUUCAAGAAGUAACCCAAGAGACGCCCCUGUAUUGAGCAGGCUUCUUUCUGCCGAGGCGGAAUUGCAGGAGAGCAAUGAAGCGGAUGUGGCCACGCCAUCAAGUCCAGAAGGCCAACGGUCACGAAGUAGGGCCGAAUCAACCCCCGAAACACUCUUAGCCACACGACUCAUGGAGAUCUUUGGGUUUGAUAAACCUGAGACUGUUGUGGCGGAAUACCCUUGCUGGCUCCUUCAAAGCGUGUUGCUCCAGGGGUAUCUGUAUAUCACCAAACAGCACAUCUGCUUCUAUGCCUAUCUUCCCAAGAAGUCGCAUACAGUCGCCAAAAACGGAUACCUCGCCAAAAAAGGGCGAACCACUUCGAAGUACAAGAGAUACUGGUUCUCCCUGAAAGGAGACGUUCUGUCAUACUAUUCUGACCCUUCCAGCCUCUAUUUUCCUUCUGGAAACAUUGACCUCACCUAUGGCAUCUCCGCAGCUCUCUCCACAGACAAGGGCAAAUCAAAGGAAUGCAGAGAUUUCUCCGUGACAACCGAUCAUCGCACUUACCACUUCCGUGCUGAUACGCCUUCAAGUGCCAAGGAAUGGGUGCAAGCCUUGCAGAAGACCAUCUUCCGUUCCCAUAAUGAUGGAGAUAGUGUAAAGAUAUCUUUGCCGAUAGAAAAUAUCAUCGACUUCGAGGAGAGUCCAGUGGUGGAUUUUGCCGAAACAGUCAAGAUAAGAGUGAUUGAAAGCGAGGAUUCUUACGCUAUUGAUGAGUAUUUCUUUUCUUUCUUCAGUUUUGGCCAGGACGCCCUACAAGUUUUAGGAGACCUACUCACCGAAGCAACUCCAAGAAGAACAUCUGAAGAUGUUGGCUCUCCGGCAAGAAAAGCCGAAGCGGUCUACACGCCCAAAAGCAGACCGACUCUACCUCGUCAAACUUCUCAAGUCCGGCCCGUUAGUCCCGGAGCUCCGUCAACGCCGCCCCUGAGAGACAGUGUUAAGGCAACUCUGCUACCGUUUUCCCCAAAGGCCGACGGAAAGCUGUCGCCUAGGAGGAGCGGUGAGCUCAGCCGCGGCAACAGUCCCUCGCGUUCGAGUGGCGAGUUACAACGCGAAUAUGGUCGAGCCAGCUUUGAACGUGGUCGGAGGAGCGGUAGCACAAGUCGACUUGACGUGAGCGCAUCUCGACGGACUGGCAUAUCACCGUUGGCGCGGCACCAUGACUCUGAGGAUUCUUACGUCCAGUCGCUGGACAAGGAAACAGACUCGUCCACCGCGGCCUUGUCACCAAGGGUGGAAGCGCAGAUGUCAGCCAGCCAAAUCCUAACUCGUAGCGACGUGUUUCGACCGCCUCCUGUCAAUCGAAUGGAAACAUUGGCUUCCAUGUCCACAGAACCCACCAGGAAAUCAUCGGACGCUGGCACAAUUCUCUCCAGCUCUCCUCAACGGGAGGCUUCAUCGCCUAUUGCAAUUCGAGGGACGGCUGGUGUGAGUGGAGGGUUCAACAGGAACCUGUUUCAAGCAACGACCGAGGGCGAGGCCCCGUCUUCCGGCCCCAAUGACCAGAAAUUUUCCAAGGACGAUCCGUCACCAACGCUUCAGGACAUAGUAAAAGCAGGGUCAUAUCCACUGCAACGUGCAGGGGCCUUUGCUUAUUAUCUAAAAAAUCAAUCGGCUUCGAUGAGGAAACUGUUGGCAGAGGAAUCCAUGUCCUACCUGGAGAAGGUCUCAGGCAUGUGGGCCGGACACAGGAAACACUAUGGCGAAAAUGAAGGAAUCGUACCUGACGACCGCGGCAUUGACCCGGAGGAUGAAGAAGCCAACGUGGGCCACGGGGAUAGGUUUCGGGCGCACUUUGCGCUUCCCCCUUCCGAAAAGCUACAAGCUACCUACUUUGGCUUUUUGCAUCGCGUGCUGCCCCUGUAUGGCAAGAUUUACAUCGGUAACCGGAAGUUCUGCUUUCGGAGCCUCCUGCCAGGGACGCGCACCAAGGUCGUCCUACCCUUGGUUGACAUUGAAAAUGUGGACAAGGAGAAAGGCUUCCGCUUCGGCUACCAUGGACUUGUACUGGUCAUUCGCGGCCAUGAGGAGCUCUUUUUCGAGUUCAGCUCGGCUGAGCACCGCGAUGAUUGCACCGUGACACUUUUACACAGCCUGGAGACCGUCCGGUACAUGGCGGAGUCGGGGGUGCUUGGGCAACAGGAUGAUGACAACGCCGAGGUUGCUAAGAAGGAGCACCGCAUGCUUCAAGAAGCCCGGCGAAACUCUGGCGGCGAACCUCAGCUUGUGCUACCAGACACAGCUGAAACAAUUUACAGCCACGACGAAACCUCAGCUGUGCUGUUUGACGAUCAUCGCGCAUCCAUGAUCCAGCUUCGCCCACCAUCAUCAAUGCGGAUUACGUGUCUCACCAUCGGCUCUCGCGGAGACGUGCAACCCUACAUUGCUCUGUGCAAAGGCCUCUUGGCCGAAGGGCACAAACCUCGAAUUGCCACCCACGCGGAGUUUGGGCCCUGGGUGGAAAAACAUGGCAUCGAGUUUAGGCCAGUGGACGGCGACCCGGCCGAGCUGAUGAGAAUCUGUGUGGAGAAUGGAAUGUUUACGUACUCGUUCCUACGUGAGGCGUCGGCGAAGUUCCGCAGUUGGAUCGAUCAAUUACUCAUGUCAGCAUGGAAGGCAUGUCAAGACAGUGACCUCCUAAUCGAAUCACCGAGUGCAAUGGCCGGCAUCCAUAUCGCCGAAGCGCUGGGUAUUCCAUAUUUUCGGGCCUUUACCAUGCCAUGGACCCGGACACGAGCUUAUCCGCAUGCGUUCGCCGUGCCGGAACACAAGAUUGGCGGGGCUUACAAUUACUACUCGUAUGUCAUGUUUGACAAUGUAUUCUGGAAGGCGAUUGCGGGACAGGUCAACCGGUGGCGUAAGAAGGAACUGGGGCUGCGCAGCACCAACUUGGACAAGAUGCAACCCAACAAGGUACCCUUUCUGUACAACUUCUCGCCUCAUGUGGUCGUACCACCAUUGGACUACAGCGACUGGGUUCGAGUGACGGGAUACUGGUUCCUCGACGAAGCCAACGAAUGGCAACCGCCCGAAGAGCUCGUUGCAUUCAUCAAAAGGGCCCGUGACGACGGUAAGAAGCUGGUGUAUAUUGGCUUCGGAUCGAUUGUGGUCUCGGACCCAGCGGCCCUGACAAAGACGGUGGUGGAAUCGGUGGUCAAGGCGGAUGUGCGAUGUAUCUUGUCCAAGGGAUGGAGUGACCGGUUGGGCGAUCCAAGCGCGAUCAAGACGGAAGUACCAUUGCCAGCGGAAAUCCUUCAGAUCAAGUCUGCACCACAUGACUGGUUGUUCAGGCAGAUUGACGCUGCGGUGCACCACGGAGGAGCCGGGACCACAGGGGCCAGCUUACGGGCAGGGGUUCCGACGGUGAUCAAACCCUUCUUCGGCGACCAAUUUUUCUUCGGCUCACGAGUCGAGGAUCUGGGAGUGGGCAUCUGUUUGAAAAAGGUCAAUGUCAGUUUGUUCUCGCGGGCAUUGUGGGAAGCCACGCAUUCCGAACGAAUGAUUGUCAAAGCCCGGCUGCUCGGAGAACAAAUCCGAAAGGAAAACGGCGUGCAAACUGCCAUCCAGGCCAUUUACCGAGACCUCGAAUAUGCCAAAUCUCUGAUCAAGCCCAGCCCAGCGGCUCAAGGGGCAGCGGCGAGCGCGGCUGGCGAGCCCGACGAUGGGGAAGAGAUCGAAGAGAACUGGACGUUCAUUGGCGACGAGAGCGAUCUCGAUUUGCAGCGACGCAUGCACGACUGGGAGUCUCCGGCACGAGGUCAAGGAGUUCCAAGCAGUAUCGGCAUGGAUCGAUCAACAGGCCUACGGGCCAUGCAAGGGGUUGAACCUGUCAGGAAAACAGCAGCGGAGAGUCAAGCGGCACCCUAG